UACUACUACAUCAAUGAACCCAGCCCAAUAGAGAACUUAAAGACAGAGCCCACUAUAUAAACAUAUCCCUAAUUCACUCCAUAUUCCAACUAGGUUUAGGGUUUCAGUAUUAAACACUCCCUAGCAGCCUCCACCACCAACAACAAUGGCGAGAAUCAAGGUUCAUGAGCUGAGGAGCAAGACGAAGACUGAGCUACUGGCUCAGUUGAAGGAUCUGAAGGCUGAGCUUGCCCUACUUCGUGUCGCAAAGGUCACCGGUGGUGCUCCUAACAAGCUCUCCAAAAUCAAGGUGGUAAGGCUAUCUAUUGCCCAGGUUCUGACUGUCAUUUCACAAAAGCAAAAAUCUGCUCUUAGGGAAGCUUACAAGAACAAGAAAUACCUGCCUCUUGACCUGCGUCCCAAGAAAACUAGGGCCAUCCGCAAACGUUUGACUAAGCACCAGGCGUCGUUGAAGACAGAGAGGGAGAAGAAGAAGGAGAUGUACUUCCCUUUGAGAAAGUAUGCCAUCAAAGUGUAGGAUAGAAUCCACUUUAGCUGAGAUUUUGGUGUUUUGAAUCAGACUAUUUUGGUUGAAACUAUUGAGCAUGCAAAUUUUGUUUAGCUUUCUUUCAUUUGGUGCUUAUGACAUUAGAAACCUGACCGAUGUGGAGCUUCAUUUGUUCCAAAUAUCAAGUAUUUGCCUAUUUUAUGUUA